AUGGCGGCGCAUGGAGGGGGGGACCCCGAAAAGGACGGGGGCGUGGCGCGAACCAGAGACUCCACGUCGCGCCCUCUGAGGCUGUGUCCCGCCCCGUUCGCCUCGGGGCGUUUCCGGCCCCCCUCCCGCCUCGUGCCCUUUGAUCCGCCCGGCGCGGGCGCCUCGGCGGCGCCGGGGGUGGCGGUUCUGGUGGGCGUGGUCAGCGCGGUGUGGGCGUGGUUUUCGCGGAGUAUAAAAGGCGCCGCCGAGCCCCCUGACGCCCGUCACGAGGACGUUGCGGAGAUGGAUCCCGAGUCUCCCCCCCGCGAGCUGGAGCUGUCGGCGCUGGAGGCCGAGAAGGAGCCGAUGGCCGCGGCCGAGGCCGAGCCGGGGACGCCCCCUCAGGCUCCCCCUCCCCACCGCGACCCCUCCCCAGCCCCGGAGCAGCGGCAGGGCGGCGAGAAGAACGGGCUGGUGAUGAAGAUCCCCCCCGAGGAAGAGGAGGAGGCGGCUUUAGGGGGCACGGGGGUUUCGGGGAGCCCCAAAUUCACCGGGCUGGGCAAGGAGGAGCUGCUGAGGGAGGCGGGGACGCCGCUCUGGGCCCGGGCCCGGCUGGUGCUGCUCGUGCUCUUCUGGGCAGGCUGGCUCGGGAUGUUGGGGGCUGCUGCUGCCAUCGUGGCCCAGGCCCCCCGAUGCCAGCCCCUGCCUGCCAAAGCCUGGUGGGAGCUCGGGGCGCUCUACAGGGCCCCCCCCAAGGCUUUUGGGGGUGAUCUGAAAGGUGUGGAGAAACGUUUGGGGUACCUGAAGGAGAAGCUGCAGGUGGGGGGGCUGGUGCUGGGCCCCGUGGCCCCCCAAAAAUCCCCUGAGGAGCUCAUCCCCCCCCUGAAGGAGCUGGACCCAGCCCUGGGCACCAGCCAGGACUUCAGCGCCCUCCUGCAGGCAGCCAAGGACAAAGGGCUGAAGGUGAUCCUGGACCUGACCCCAAACCCCACUGGGAAUCGGGUCUGGGGGGACGCAGCCAACGACCCCGGGGUGCACCAGCAGGUCCAGGCUGCCCUGAGCCAUUGGCUGAAGGAGGACAUUGCUGGAAUCUUCCUGGAUGGCAUCGAGGAGCUCCCGCCCUCAGUGGUGGCUGAGUGGAGGAACCUGACGGAGCAGCAGCCGAGCCCCAGUGGCGUGCCCAGGGUGCUGGUGGCAGGCACCCGCCUGCAGGAGCCCUGGCUGCUGCCCCAGGUGCCGGGGGGGCUGCGGCUGCUCCUGGGGCCCUUCCUGCAGCUCCUGGAGCCCAGAGCAGACCCGGAGUCGCCCUCGGGAGCCGUCAGCAACCUCCUCAACUUCCUCAGCUUCAGCAACUCCUCCGUGGGGCUGGGCUGGAGCGUGGGGUCCCCGUGGGAGGCCUGGGUGAGCCCCAAGCUGAGGCUGCAGCAGCUGCUGCUGCUCUGGGGGCUCCCCGGGACCCCCGUGCUGAGCUACGGCGACGAGCUGGGGCUGCAGCGGCCCCCCGAAAACCAGCAGUUGCCGACGAUGCCGUGGGAAUUGAUCGAGGAACCGAAAAAUGGCGGGAACGGCUCUGAGCCCCCCGAGCUGGAGCUGUGCACGGCCCUGGCCUCGCUGCGGGCCCACGAGCGCUCGCUGCUGCUGGGGGAGGCGCAGGUGGUGCCGGCGGGCCCGGCCCUGGCCGUGCUGCGGCGCUGGGACCAGAGCGAGCGCUUCCUGCUGCUGCUCAACCCCCAGGACAGCACCCUCAGACCCUUCUCGGGCACGAGAGACCCCGGGGUCCCCCAGGAUCCCCCCCUGCCCGCCUCGGCCACACUGCACUACAGCACCGGCCCCAAGGCGCCUGGGGAGCAGCAGGUGCAGCUGCAGGAGCUCCAGGUGGGGCCCUACCAGGGGCUCCUGCUGGGCUUCCCCUACAGCCCCCAGUGAGCCUGGGCACCCCAAAACCACCCUGACCCCCCCCAGCACCCCAAACCUGCCCUGACCCCCUCCCCCAGCCUUGUACCCGCUCAUUUCGGUGGGGGGGGGUCCCACACUUAUCUCUCCUCACUCAUUUUUUGGGUUCUCAUCCUGUUCCCCCCAACCUCAAAGUCUUUUUUUGGUUUUUUUUUUUCUCUCCCCAACUCAGUUUUGGGGUUUCUCUGUUUUCUGGGGUGUUGGAGUCCCUCCCAAAUUCUGAAUAAAUGAAUUGCAUUUCUG